AUGCCCUUUCCAACCUACGGCGACGCCACGGCGACGGAGAGCUUGUACUCAUUGGCCGACAUAUCAGCCAGGUCUCUGUCCAACCGCAUCCACCAUACCAUGUAUUUUACCGAUGGCAUAUCCCUGUACAACGGUCAGUCACCAAGCUCCUCUUCCAUGUUGCCAGGCCAUCCCGAUGUAUCGCUACUGAGAGUGUACAGAGAACUCUCUGAGCAGACUCUAACAUGGUACGGGUCGCUACCUAUUGCUAUCAAACCAGAUCUUUAUGGGACCUACAGAGCAACUGGGCAGGCCUAUGUUUUGCGUCUCCGGUAUUGGUCUGCUAGGCACAACAUCUACAGACCAUUUGUCAUUUACGUGACCUCAAGAGCGGCAGACGAAGAAGUCAGUGUGCCAGUUUCGGCUAUAAAGCGUUGCGAGCUGUGCCUUGCUGCAACUCGGAUGUUUAUCCUCACCGCUGGGCAUGUCCUCUCGGAAAGGACGCCAUACACGUUCAGUACAACGCAGUGCGUGGUGAGUUAUGCCCUCAUUUUGGCACUUGCUGCUCAAACGCCCAUACUUGCCGAUGCGGUCGGCGACUGCCUCAAACUGCUGGAGACUGCUAUUGGUCUUCUGAAGCCAUGGGCCGUCGCCGGCUCGGCAUCGAGUGCGGCCUGGAAAUCAUAA